AUGUGGGAAAACUGUCUGCUGACAAACACCAUGCAGCAUGGCUGGAAGAUCCAGAACAUCUACUACAGUACAGUAACAAGACCUUGUGGUGAGAAAGUCUUCUUCUGCGAUGAGGGGGAGCAGAGAGGUAGAGGGGUUAGACAGCUCAGGCAUCCACAGUGCAGCAAGCCCCCCCUUCAAGAAGCUCAAUCCAGAGAGCCACUGGCUCUAGAGGUAACCACCGGAGGCCUGAACUUCAGCACCUUUGCAGUGCCUGCAGUGUCUGACGAUGUGAAAGCCGACGCCAUGGCCAACCUGAAGAAGCUGGUUCGUAACAGGAGGAACAUCCCCGCCUUUGCUCUGCCCCAGCUCAAACGCCUUCCCGACUUCUGGGGAUGGUACAAGCACUUCAUGGACACCCACAACCAGGAGGGAGUUGAGGAUUUGGAUCGUCUGUACAUGGCUUACCUGCAGAACAAGCACAGGUCAGAGGAGGGGCCCACCUUCAACCACUACCUCACACACCUCAGUGAAAUCUACAAGACCUGUGCCGAUUCUGAUGAUCCAGAGUGCAUCGCAGAGUCCACUAGCAAACCAAAGGCUGCAGCAGUGAUGCCUGCCCACAUCAAGUCUGCUUCUGUCCUGAUGUGCAACCCCUACAUCGACCCUUACUGCCUCUUCCCCCUCCUCCCUAAGGCUGCUCCUGCCCCCGUUGAGGAAGCUCCAGCCAAGGUGCCUGCUCCUAUCCUCACCCCACUGCUGCCCAUGCCCCUGAAGAGCCCCAGUGGUUUCUACUACUACGCCCCUGUCCUGGAGUCCUUCCUGAGCCCUGAGCAGAAGGCUGAACUGCUGAGGAUCUGCAACUCUGAAGAUGUAGAGUGUCUACAGUACCACCUGAGGGCAGCUUACGGCUACCGCCCUGCCCCUGGUCCAGCUCCAUCCUACAGUGCCCUCAAAUGCGACCCCAAGGACCCCUAUUGCUUGCCCCUCCUGGUCCAGAAGGCCCACACAGGCUUCUACCACCUGGUCUACCCCAGCUGUAACCCAGAAGUCGAUCCUCUGUGUGUCGGCAGUGUGGCUCCUCCUGCUCCCCUGGCAGCCGAGGAGGCCCCUAAAGAGCAGCAAUGCAACCCUCUCUUUGACGCUGGCUGCAAUCCCCUGACUGCCACCAAGCUGUCCGGCCUCACCAAGCCCGUGCUGGAGUACCCCCUCAAAGACGAGCCUGCACCUCCUCCUGCUCCUCUCACCUGCGACCCUCGUGUUGACCCAUACUGCAUACUGAGAGCCGCUGCUGCCCUGCGCAAGCCCCUUCCACUGGCCCCUCAGCACCAGGUCCGCUCCAAGCUUGGCGUCCGCGGAAAGACCAAGGAUGGCCACGACUGCUAUGUGCACUAUGACAAAGACUGCACCCCAGUGAAGUCUGGCCCCAAAGCCAAAGCUGACAUCAAGGCUCCUGCCAAGCCCCUCUGCCACCCAUUCGACCCAAACUGUGGUAAGUUUGCUUCACCCGCUGCUGUGGCCUCGAAACCUGGCACAGAUGGCAUAAUCCUGCCUGACCCUGACUGUGACCCGGAGUACGACUACAACUGCCGCCUGCGACGUGCUGAACCCGCCGCUGCCGCUGAUGAGCCUGCAGCUGCUGAGGACAAAGCCGCUGAUGAGCCUGCCAGAGAGGUCGCAGUCCCACAGGCUGCUGUCCCACGUUUUGAAGACUUCCUCAGGGCUGUCAUGAGCCAGUACAAGUAGAUUUAAGAAAUAACAUGAAAUCAGAAUCAACAGCACCUGGUAGAUAAUCUACCUGGAA